ACGAGCGGUCAACGCCAAUGCGAUGGUAGCAGGGACACACAAGGCCGUAGCGGACGGGAAGAGGGGUUUCCAUGUGAAGGAGAGCACCGGCAACACACACAGGCUUUGACUUCAGCCCGCCACGACCCAGAAGCUGUGGUUUUAGGCCAAUCAAGCUUCUCCUGUGCAGCUGACGCGCCGUGUCAACACAAAGGCCUACGUAGCUAGCUAGUUCCUCGGCUAGCUAGCUAGCAAAGGGGCUGAACGCCAAACCUCUGCUGCAGCCAAAGUAACACAUUUUUGUUGAUGUUUGACUUGUAGCGAAGUUAAAUCUCCUCCACCGAGACGACGACAUUUGAGGGUUUUUCCUCGCUUCUCCACUACAAUGACGGAACAGGGCGCAGUGGUAAUGCAGCAGAAUCUGGACAGGAGCUGCUGGGUGUGCUUCGCCACAGAUGAAGACGACCGCACAGCAGAGUGGGUGCGUCCCUGUCACUGCCGCGGCUCCACCAAAUGGGUGCACCAGGCCUGCCUGCAGCGCUGGGUGGACGAAAAGCAGCGUGGCAACAGCACGGCACGGGUGACCUGCCCACAGUGCAGCGCAGAAUACCUCAUCGUCUUUCCCAAACUUGGUCCAGUGGUCUACGUGCUGGACCUGGCCGACCGGCUCAUCUCUAAGGCCGGACCCUUUGCCGCAGCCGGCAUCAUGGUGGGCUCCAUCUACUGGACCGCCGUCACAUAUGGAGCUGUCACCGUCAUGCAGGUGGUCGGACAUAAGGAGGGCCUGGAUGUGAUGGAGCGGGCCGACCCUUUGUUCCUGUUAAUCGGCCUGCCCACCAUCCCCGUCAUGCUGAUCCUCGGGAAGAUGAUCCGCUGGGAGGACUACGUGCUGCGCCUGUGGAGGAAGUACUCCACCAAACUGCAGAUCCUCAACAGCAUCUUCCCAGGGAUUGGCUGUCCAGUUCCCCGGAUCCCGGCGGAGGCCAGCCCCCUGGCCGACCACGUGUCGGCCACACGGAUCCUGUGCGGCGCCCUGGUCUUUCCCACCAUCGCCACCAUCGUGGGGAAGCUCAUGUUCAGCAGUGUCAACUCCAACCUACAGAGGACCAUCCUGGGAGGAAUCGCCUUCGUGGCCAUCAAGGGAGCGUUCAAGGUUUACUUCAAACAGCAGCAGUACCAGAGGCAAGCUCACCGCAAGAUCCUCAACUUCCCCGGGCAGCUGGAGGCCUGAGGAAGAGGAGGACGAGGAGGAGGACGACCGGAUGAACCACACACACACACCUACAGUACACACACCUACAGUACAGUACACACACACCUCUGCCUUUAGGGGUCGGGGGGCGGAGGAGGAAAUGAACACGUCAGACUCGGGAUCAGUGUCACUCGCACCUACCUGCUCCUCCCUCCUCUCCCCCCUCUCCCUCUUCCUGGAGCCGCCAGCAUUCAGCACAAGGAUCCCAAGUCCUACCGCUUCACCUUGAACCCUCCGACGUGUUGGUCCGGUGGAGACGGAUCAGACUGACGCACACAGAGCGGAGCAUGUUUGCAGUUUCACACACAAACACACACACACUUGACACACAACUCUUCUCUAAGAACCGGUGCCGGGUGGACGUGUCACAUAAACUAACACCCAUUGUAAACAUAAGUGUAUUUUAAAAGGACAUCAAAUAUGUGGGGCAUGUGUAAUUAUAGAGUUUUAUAACAUUAGUAAAGGACUGUUUUAUAAUGUUUAUUUUGCAGAUUUUUGAAAAGUCCCCUUUGCCAAUGUGGGAGGAUUCAUAACGACAGAAUAUGUUGAGUGUUUGGAAUGUAUUAAAGAGGAAACGACUGUGUAAACACGAAGCUGUGUGUUAAUGGUCAGGCAGGAAGGGGGCGUGUCAAGGUUUCAUCUGACGGUACGAAAACCCACCGACCACCGAGCAGAAGCUAAAGCACAGCCUGUUAUUUAUUUGCUUCCUCCUCGUACCCCGGAAGUGUUCACACCUGUUGCUUUAUCUCCACUUUCCCCCCCCCCAAAAAAAGCUCUUCUGUGGUUGUGUUUAAAUCUCGCUCAUCACCACAGCGGUCCAGGUGCGCAGCCUGUUGCCAUGACACCACCUCCUCCGGCCGCGUGGAUCUUUUUCGGAGCAAGUUUGCGAUGUGACACUUCGCUGAGAGUACUCGGAACAGUUUUUCUUUCCCUCUCUUGGUUUUAUUUAACAAAAUCCUUUUCUUUUCUUCAUUGUUCCUGUUCCUCCGUCAUGUGACCUGCGGCUCGGCUCAGACAUGUGGCAAUUUUGAAAUGAGUCACGGACAGUCACACCAAAGACGAGCCAUAUUUCCUCUAGUGGCGCGAAGCCAAUGCAGAUAUUUUAGACUUUUAAAUAUCUGCUUCAACCACGGAGAUGAAAAAUCCCCUCAUAAAAAUGCCAUCUCUGGUACCACAGUAAACGGAGACACCAUUCAAACUGUAUCACACCAACAGCAGAGAUGAACUGGUGAACACAAUCUGGACUCAAGUGGAAUUCAGUCGUUCGAUCCCAAGUGAGCCGAGUGUUUAACAUGAGAUGUGUUUGUGUAGAUCAUUGGGAGAGAAAUGUGACCACUUGGAUUUAUUGUGCGGCUUUCUGCCACCGAGGUCACGUGACAGCUCCUGGUCUGGGACUACCUGGCGUCCUACACGGAAUAAUUAACCUGCACAUGUAAACUGUGCCUGUUUUACAGAUGUUCUUUCCUCUUCCCCCCCCACCCAACCCUGUACAUUCACCGUUCAGUCUCCACUCUGCCAAAAUAAGUGUGAACUGUGUUUGUUGCUUCUGACUCUAGAGUUUAAUGGUUUCAGUUCUGUGAAUAAAUGUAUUUUUCCAAA